AUGAGGAAGCGAUUGAAGAGAACGAAGGGAAUUUGCAGUUGCUCUUCUCCUCGUUGCAUCAAUCACUCUACCUUCAAUUGGUAUGAGCAGGAUCUAUGGACAUACAUAGCCAGGUUUUUGGAUGGACGAUCAUUGGUGAUGCUGGGAGCUACUAAUAAAUGGUUCAACAGUGUCAUCAUGCAAGAUUGUAUAUGGAAGUUUACAUGCUUGAGGGAUCUUCAGGUUCCUGAUCCUGGUCACGUAGCAUUCAGUUGGUCCAAUCUCUAUGCUUCAGUUGUUGAUGGAAGUCACUCUUUCAUUUUCCGCCAGCAGGAGAAACACAUUGAUUGGAUGCGGAUUGGGGCGUUUUCAUUCGAUUCGGAAGUAGCAUUUCUGAGCCAAAGGAUGAGUGCAUCUGUGAAAAUCCUAAAACAGGAAAAUAUAGAUGAUAUGUUGCAGUCUUACGGCUCGUGUCUGCUAAGGAAAAUCAAGACCGGAAUCUGGAUAGCUGAUUUACAACUUGUUCGAUGCCCAGUAUGUGACCAAGAAAAAUGUGAAGGAACAAUGCAGAUGUUAGAUGCAAGGCAUAUUGAGCUGUUCCUUAACCAAGGGUUCCAGGAUGGGAGUUGGGACUAUGAACUCGUUGGAUCUCAUGAAAUCAAAAAGAAAGUACGAGGAGCUUAUGGAGCUAUUUUUGACUUCAAGUACCUCACAAGCAAGUCAACUGCGGGGAUCUUCGAUUAUAAGUCAUGGAUAGGACAACCCAAUGACUUUCAACCAAAAGCAAUCAUUGCUCUUCAUGCAGUCGCAGUCAACACCAAUUUACAAGAAAAUCAAGGCGUCUUAAUAAAGUACCAUACCAUGAGAGCUGGAGCUGAAGGGGAAAUUGUUUCAAUCAGAAUCUCUCAACAACUCCUUUGA